GGUAGACUUCGAGAUGCCGUCCGGCCGCCGUGACGGCACCUUCUCCAACGCCUCCGAGCCGCUCAAGUUCCUGGUCCCGCCGACGUCCAACCUCAGCGACCUUGUCGCUAGCUUCGUCAUCAAGGGCCUCAACACGGAAGACCUGGUCGUCCUCUCCGGCGCGCACACCAUCGGGCGUUCCCACUGCUCGUCCUUCGUUUCUGACCGCCUCAACACCCCCUCCGACAUUAACGGCGGCCUGGCCGCGUUCCUGCGGGGGCAGUGCCCGGCCGACGCGACACCGGGCGGCAACGACCCGACGGUGAUGCAGGAUGUGGUGACGCCCAACAAGCUGGACAGGCAGUACUACAAGAACGUGAUAUCGCACACAGUGCUCUUCACCUCCGACGCGGCGCUCAUGACGUCGAUGGAGACGGCGAGGAUGGUGGUGGAGAACGCCAAAAUCCCUGGGUGGUGGGAGGACAGGUUCGAGAAGGCCAUGGUGAAAAUGGCCGGCAUCGAGGUCAAGACCGGCUACCAGGGCCAGAUCAGGAAGAACUGCCGCGCAAUCAACCACUACUAAUAGGUGGGGCAGCACAGCAACUGUGGACGUACGUGCAUGCAUGGUGACGGAUCACUCGACCUAAAUGGUUUGCUUCAACCUACAAGCGAGUUCAUGUUGUAAAAUUUGGCGAUUCUUUCACUGCGUGCCUUUUUUUCUUUGGUUAUUCCUUGGUUCAAUUCUAGCCAAGCUACGGAAUUGUUCGUGUAUAUGGGGUUGUGCAUGUCUAAUUGCGAACCAAUGUUCUUUGUUGAAAGAAUAAAAGUGAUGCACACAGCAUGUUUUGAUGAACAGAAAA